CAGACAAAAGUAUUGCAGGCUGGGACACAGUCAGAAAUUAUGACAACAAUCCAGCUGCAAGUGAUGAAGUUGAUGGAGUGAAACUCACCAGUAAUGAGAACAAGGUUCUUAAACGGAAGAAAAAGAAACAGAGCAGCAAAUUUUUCCCUGAAGUGGGACAAGAUGAAUCGCAUUCAUCCACACCGAAUAGUUUCUCCAUUACAGGUUUCAAUGAUGAUGCUUACAAGAAUAAUGAGGACAACUCUAAUCAUUCUGGGAGUGAAGAGAGUGAUGAAAACAGGGACGAGGAUGAUUCAGACAGUGAAGAUAAUGAGCUAGAGAAUUACACAGAUAGUGAAGAGGAUUACACAGACUCAGAGAGUAUAGAGACUGAAACAGAUAGUGACGAGAAUAACACAGACGCAGGGAGUAUACACUAUUACACAGAUAGCGACGAGAAUUACCCAUACUCAGAGAAUGAAGAGAAUGAGAAUGACACAGAUAGUUACGAGAACUACAAAGAAUGUCUUAUUGAGUGCCUAAGGUUGGGAAAGGGAGGCGAUGAUUUAAAAACAUUCCUUGAAGAAUCAGAGGACGGAAAGAACAUUGGGGAAGAUGAAGACGGAAAUAAUGUUUUACACAUUGCUGCAAGUGGAAAAAAUUUGGAUUUAUUCAAAGAUCUAUUUCAUUAUUAUAAGGAAAAGGUUAAUGAAGGAAACAAGAAGAAAAGAACGCCUCUACAUAUAGCUGCAAGGAAUAACAGACAUGAUAUUGUAGAUUUUCUUAUCAAAAGUGGAGCUGACGUAUCUUUUAAGGAUGUAAAACAGCUAACUCCUCUUUUAACGGCAAUAAGGUACGACAGUCUUAAAGUAUUUCAACGCCUAACAAAAGAAGACAUGCCAGAUGGAACUGAAACCGAUAAAAUGCUUGAAAUAGCUACAAAAUUUAACAGCAAAAAAGUCGCUAAAGAAUUGAUACAGACAUGCAGGAACUCUAAAGAUGUUAUAGAAAGAAAUUGUUACAAACUUGUGUCAUUGGCCACGGUCAAUAACAGUGAUAAGCUAUUAAAAAUGCUGCUUGAUCAGGUAAAAGACGUUGAGAGCUCUGUCGUGAAAGGAGACACUGACGAUGAAGAGUUAGAUGCUGAUGAAGAUGCCGAAACAGAAACACAAUCCAAUCAAAUUCAGGAAUCAGCUGGGAACGAAGGGGCAGAAACAGAAACAAAAACAAAUCAGAUUCAGAAUACCGGUGAUACGUCUCAAGAAAAGAAACAUAAAAAAGAACCCCUUCAUGUCGCUGCGGAAAAGGGGUACUUCGAAUGUUUGAAUAUUUUGAUAAAGAAAACAUCUGAUUUAUGUACAAAAUGCGAAAAUGGAAAGACAGCAUUGCAUCUUGCAGCUGCAAAAGGAAGAAUAAGAAAUGUAGAAUGUUUGAUUGAGAAGGCACCGAAGCUGAUGUAUAUGAAAGACAAAUCAAAACGUACAGCACUUCACGACGCAAUCAAACAUGUCAAAGUCGUUGAGAUCCUUUUACUUAAAGGUGCAAAAAUAAACACCAAAGACAAAAAUGGCAGAACACCAUUAAGUUAUGCAGCCGAAAAUGGAAUGUUAGAAUGCACAAUAAAACUGGUAGAAAAUGGCGCGGAUAUUAAUUUGGAAGAUAACAAUAAGAUGGGACCUAUCCAUUUUGCUGCGCAAAAAGGUCAAACCGAAGUGUUCUAUAAGCUUGCAAGUUCAAAAAAGAUUGAUCUUGAUAAACCAGCGAUAAAUUGUUUGGAUCUAGCGAUUGAUAAUAACCACGUGGAAACAGUUCUUAGGAUCUUUCAACUUGAGAACUCCAAAUGGACAAAAAUGCUGCGAUCAAGAUCAAAAUUAAAUGACUCGGAUGAGUUUCAUGACACACCAAUGAGAAAGCUAAUCAGACAAAUGCCUGAGGCAGCCAGGAAAGUAUUCAAUCAUUGCACAAAAAUGUCGAAGGCUAGCAGUAAACAAUUUGAAGUAACAUUCAAUUAUGAAUUUCUUGAUGACACUUACAAGCUUGGAACAUGGAGAAAACACAUACCUCCAAAUCAACCAGCUACAAAGAAAGAUGACUCGAAGUAUUCCAAAGAUUCGGAAACGAAACAGAGCACUGCCAAUCAAGUUGACCAGAAACAUUCUCAAGAUAAGGAAUCAAACCAGAGCACUACAAAGAAAGAUGACUCGAAACAUUCCAAAGAUUCGGAAACGAAACAGAUCACUGACAAUCAAGUUGACCCGAAAGAUUCUCAAGAUAAGAAGACAAACCAGAUCACUACAAAGAGAGAUGACUCGAAAAAUUCUAAAGAUUCGGAAACGAAACAUAGAACUGCCAAGAAAGUUGACCCGAAACAUACUAAAGAUUCGGAAACAAACAAGAGCAGUAAACCUUACACCGAGAAUACAAACAUGAUCAAAGAAAACCACCCUCUGAUGAUAAUGGUCACAUCCAAACGGAAAGAAUUGUUAGAUCACCCAUUAGUGUCAGCUCUCCUCAAGAGGAAAUGGAUAAGUGUCGGUCUUGUUUUAAAUAUCCUUAUUGUUAUGCUUUAUGCACUUUUUCUUGCAUUGCUUACUGGCUUCACGCUUGAUGUACCUGCCCCAUAUCAGUUUCAGCAAGGAUUUUCUGUUUGUUCAGAUUUAACAAACGAGAGUAUUUCUGUAUUCGCAUCUUUUGCGAAGUACGGAAUCAUCACAUUGGCUUCGAUAAUAUUGCUCAUUGAGAUACUCGAAAUGAAACAAAUGUUCUCAUGGAAUGUGUGGUUUUACUUUUUGGAAGUUGAAAAUGUUAUUGAAUGGAUAACCUGCAUCACUGCAAUUAUAUUUGUUGUCAAUUCAAGCGGAUGUAGCGAUUCUGGAUAUCGGCCGCAAUGGCAAUGGACUUGCGGAACGGUAUCCGUCUUCCUCGCUUGGAUCAAUAUGUUAUUUAUCAUUCAGAAAUUCGAAUGGUUAGGUAUAUAUGUAGUUAUGUUGUACCGGAUCAUCAAGGUGUUUAUGAAGUUUCUCCUUGUGUUUUCACUCCUGAUUGUUGCAUUUGCUCUCUCGUUCCACUGCUUGUUUCAAAAUCAGGAACCGUUUAGUACAAUUUGGAAAUCACUGAUGAGAACAACCUCGAUGAUGAUUGGUGGUCCGGACUUUGUUUCAACGUUUCUAGACGAAACUGUUCAUUUUGAAAUAAUUAGUAAUGUGUUCUUUGUCAUCUUCAUGUUGUUUAUGGCUAUUGUAGUCAUCAACUUACUGGUUGGAUUAGCAGUAAGUAAUAUACAUGAAUUCCAACAAAAGGCUGAUCUUGCUAAAAAGCAAAUGCAGGUGAAGUUUGCUUUAGAGUUAGAAAGAAUGGCAAAAUCCACUUUUUUGAAAAACAUUUUAGAAUGCUUGUGCUUCAAGUGUAAAAAUAACAAUGAGAGCAUGGAGAAGCUGAUACCAAACGAGUUAUCCUGGUUUAAAAAAAAGGUUGGUGAAUCUUGGAAAUUAACUGAGCGGGACAUAAAGGCAGCCAUGAGUUCUGAAAAGGACGAUAAUUCCAGAGUUGUAGCCCGAUUAGACACAAAAAUGAAAACUCUUGAAACAAACUUAGAGGAACAUAUGAAAUACAUGGGCACACAAUUAGCAGCGAUUCUGGAUAAAAUAGAAAAAACCCCAGAGGAAACUGGUUCUGGUGGCAACAAUGGUGAUACAUCAAGAGAGGUAGCCGGAUUUGACACGAAAUUAAAAACUCUUGAAACACACUUAGAGGAACAUAUGCAAUAUAGUGGCAAACAAUUUGCAGCGAUUUUGGAUAAAAUGGAAAACAACAGAAAAGAAACUGAUGCCAACCGUAAAAUUAAUGGUGAUAAUUCAAGAGUGGUAGCCGGAUUAGAUACGAAAUUUAAAAUUCUUGAAACAAAGUUAGAGGAACACAUGCAAAAAAUGGGCGCCCAAUUAGCAGCGAUUUUGGAUAAAACGGAAAACAAUACAGAGGAAACUGAUGACAUCCAUGCAAUUAAUGAAUGACCGAUCACAUAUUCCUUUAAACAAAUCAAAAUAUUUACUUAUUUUUAUAUCUCUUCCCACAAUGAAAUAUUAUUUCAAUGGUUUUCUUGAAAAGUAUUAAACUGACAUGUCAAAUUUUCUCUAUGACCAUAAACAAAAUGCCUAAUUCUCAAAUUAAUUUACUGUAUAUUCAAUGACCCUUUGUUCGUUCGGUAACUAUCGGAAUCCAAAAUAGAUAACACGGAUUUUCAAGAACGGCACAACGUUAUAGGUAUUGCUUAAAAAAUUCCAGCGGAACUUUUCUCCUACUACCCUCACUAACAAGGUGUAAAACAUGAUUUAAAGAAAAGGUUAUUAAGUUUAAAAAGUAAGAAAAAUUAAAAUGGUUUAUCAAGAAUUUGAACUUGCAACAACUUGAACACAAUUCCGUUGCACUUACCACUAGACCAUUGAUUAGUAGUUAUAGGUGACAGUAUAGCUAUCUUUACAUUUGUACUUUUAGUCAAACUCAUGUGUAACUCAUAGUAAACUACGAAAACUAACGAAAACCCUCAAAUAAAUUAAACAGUCAAUAAUGCCAAACAAUACAAUACCGUGGUGUGACUGGUUAUAUUAAUAACAAACUAUAUAUAAACGUGCAAACACCCACACAUGUAUGCAUAUCUUGUAUAAUUUUGAUUUUACUUUUGACAUUAUUAUGAUAUAACAUUACAGAAUAUUUUUAGAAUUACUUGACUUUGCAUAAUACUGAUUAAAAGACCCAUUUCUUUAAACAACAUCAUUCAUAAACUUUUAUGCUUAUUUUUAACUAAGAAAUGUUGGUUUUGAUUGUUAUCUUAGAGUAGAUGGAACUCAUUACUGGGCACUGAUGUCAUUUUCACCUAG